UGAGAGCAGAGAAUAUGAAGGAGGAAGGGGAAAUAUUUCAGAGGAGGGAGAUUUGCCGAGGCAACUACUCAAACGUCAUGGCUUCUGGGGGUGGGAUGGGCAUGUUUGGCAUAAUCAGAGGAAUUUGUACUUCAGAAUCUCCAAGAGAUGUAGCUGGUAAUGAUGUCCUGGCUAUGCAGAGUAAUUAACAUCUGUUUCUGUAUUUGAACAUUCAGGCAGCGUGCCCCGCCAGACAUCGCUGCGUUCCCAUCCGGCCCCUCGGGAGAUCCUGCCCUGUUGCUAAUUGCCGAGAGCUGUCCAGAGUCCUCCUCCAUGCGAUCGUGCUCUGCUCCAUCCCGCUGUGCUCCCAAGGUGUGCCCUUCCCUGCUCUGAUGACAGCUCCCACCAGGAUGCUGAGCAGCAGCUGCUGGCAGGGAGGGAGGCCAGUGGUGGGCACGGAACUAUAAAGUCGCAGCCAAAGGUUCUGAGAGCACGAGUGAAGAGUCUGAGCUGACCCAAAAGCUGUCGCCUGGGAGGACCAAGCUCCAGCUGGAUGUCAUGGGAAGCUCUGCGAGCUGGAGUCCAAGGGGAUGCUGAUUGAGGGACCAAAAAUGUGAGCUUGGAACAGCAGCUGCUCCUUCCUUGGUGUGCUCCCAGUGCUCGGUGCAGGGACCUUCUAGCAUGCUCCUCCAGCCGGGCCACUCAGCGGGUGUCAGCAGCGGCCGCUCAGGACCAGGGACACCAGGCUGACCCUGCAGCGACUGGCACUGGACCUGCCAAGCAGGAAUUGUGUUGGUGCUUCUGGAGCAGCUGAUCCAGAGAUCUGCUCUCGGAAAGAACCGACCUUCCUUUGUCCAGCGUGCUGGGAUCUUUGCAGCAGCCCAUGCCGCAGCGCCUCACCCGUUCCACCUGAUCUGCCCAUGCCACUGGCUUGGACCUAACCUAGGCUCAAUCUCAGCGUGGCCUGGGCAGGGGGGAACCAUGGGGAGCUCUGCCUCAUCGCUGGCCGCAGAGACGGAGUCGGACCAUGGCUUCGGUAGCUCGCCCUACCCGGGGCACCCGGCCGUGGGCUGGUAUAGGAGCAGUCCCGGUGGCCCCGUGUGGGAAAGUGCCCUUAUAACGCGGCAGCACCAGCACUUCCAGCACCGGCUGCGAAGCCACUCUCACUCUCCCGGCUCCAUGGCUGCCGUCCGCGAGUGGUCCUGCACGCGCUGCACCUUCCUGAACCCCGUGGGCCAGCGGCAGUGCUCCAUCUGCGAGGCCCCCCGCCAGAAGCCCGACCUCAACCACAUCCUGCGGCUCAGCGUGGAGGAGCAGAAGUGGGCCUGUGCCCGCUGCACCUUCAGGAACUUUCUGGGCAAGGAAACCUGUGAGGUGUGUGGCUUCACCCCAGAGCCAGGACCCAGUGGCUCCCCCUUGCCCGUCAUCAACGGCAUCUUGCCCAAGCCUGCCGUGCUGGUGGAGCCCAAGGGCACGUCCAAGGAGGAGGCUGCCAAGGCAGAAAGCAGCGGUGAGGACUCAGAGGGGAAGAGCCCCGAUGAAGCAGAGCUGGAGAGCGGCUGGGCUUGCCAGCGCUGCACCCUGCACAACACGCCUGUGGCCAACUCCUGCUCUGCCUGUGGUGGCCCACGCAAGCUCUCCCUGCCCAAAAUCCCACCAGAGGCGCUGGUCGUCCCUGAAGUCAUCACCCCGGCCGGAUUCCACAUGACCCCCUCCACCCCGCAGCCUUUAGUCUCCGCAGAGAUCUCUGAUGGUGAUGCCGUGGCCACCCAGGGCCCGGUGGCUAUGGAGCAAGAGGUCCAGAAGAUACCAGCCUUCAGCCCCUUCUCCCCGGGGCUCCAGAACAACCCUGUGCCCCGAAGCCGGCGGGAGGUGCCCCCACAGCUGCAGAUGCCGGGCCCCGAAGGCUCCCAGCCCACAGCCACGGGCGCCAUGGGGCAGAAGGGCUCUCCCCAAGGUCAGGCCAGGGCUGCCCCUGCCGCACGCUUCCCUGACCUGCUGUCCAACAAACGGCUGAGCGUGCUGGAGGAGGAGAUGGAGGUCAGUCCGUCCCACUGGAAGUGCAGCUCCUGCUCCGUGCUCAACUCUGCCGGGGCCAGCAAGUGCGAGGUUUGCAGCACCCAAAAAGGCAGCGACACCAUCAACGUGGUGGGGGACUCUGUGAGGUUCACCCCGUGCAGCCCCUCCAGCCCUGACUUCACCACCUGGUCCUGUUCCAAGUGCACCCUCAAGAACCCCACGCAGGCCCAGAAGUGCAAGGUGUGCGGCUCCUCCAAGCUGCACGGCUUCCAGGAGCACGGCCCGCCGGGCGAGCCGGCCCCGCGCUGCCCCGACUGCGGCGCCUGCGACAGGGCCGGCUGCUCCUGCGGCGCCAAGACCCCGUCUGCGCGCAAGGUCGCCCGGCUCUUCCCGGCCCCGCUGCCCGGCGGGCAGGAGCGGCCAGGCCAGUGGGCCUGCCCUGCCUGCACCCUGCUCAACGACAUGAAGGCCAAGCACUGCGGCGCCUGCCACACGCCCCAGCAGUACGUGGCCCAGCACAAGGGCCUCAAGCCCCUCAAGAGGAGGGAGAGCAUGCACGUGGAGAAGAGGAGGCAAACGGAUGAGGGCGAGGCCAAAGCCCUGUGGGAAAACAUCGUGACCUUCUGCCAGGAGAACAAAGUCAAUUUUGUGGACGACAGUUUCCCCCCCGGGCCCAAGUCCGUGGGGUUCCCGGAAGGUGACAGCGUGCAGCAGCGGGUGAAGCAGUGGCUGCGGCCCCACGAGAUCAGCUGCAGCAUCUUCAAGGACCGCUCAGUGAAGUGGUCAGUGUUCCGCACCCCGCGGCCCUCGGACAUCCUGCAGGGACUGCUGGGAAACUGCUGGUUCCUGAGCGCCCUGGCCGUGCUGGCCGAGCGGCCCGAGCUGGUGGAGAGGGUGAUGAUCACCAGGACGCUGUGCCCCGAGGGCGCCUACCAGGUGCGGCUGUGCAAGGAUGGCACGUGGACCACGGUGCUGGUGGAUGACAUGCUGCCCUGCGACGAGUGCGGGUACCUGCUCUUCUCCCAGGCCCAGAGGAAGCAGCUGUGGGUGGCCCUCAUCGAGAAGGCGCUGGCCAAGCUGCACGGUUCGUACUUCGCCCUGCAGGCCGGGCGUGCCAUCGAAGGCCUGGCCACGCUCACAGGGGCCCCCUGCGAGAGCCUGAUGCUGCAGGUCAGCUCCACUAACCCUCGCGAGGAGCCCAUUGACACUGACCUCAUCUGGGCCAAAAUGCUGAGUUCUAAGGAGGCUGGGUUCCUCAUGGGCGCGUCCUGCGGCGGAGGCAACAUGAAGGUGGAUGAUGUGGCCUACGAGAGCAUGGGGCUCCGACCCCGGCACGCCUAUUCCAUCCUGGACGUGCGGGAUGUCCAGGGCUUCAGGUUACUGCGUCUCCGGAAUCCCUGGGGCCGCUUCUCCUGGAAUGGCAGCUGGUCGGACGAGUGGCCGCACUGGCCACUCCCUCUGCGCCACGACCUGAUGCCCCAUGGCAGCAGCGAGGGCGUCUUCUGGAUGGAGUACAGCGACUUCAUCAAGUAUUUUGACUCCGUGGAUAUCUGCAAACUCCAUUCGGACUGGCACGAGGUGCGUGUGCAGGGCGUGUUCCCCAACAAGGCCAACGGGCCGGUGACGGUGACGUCGCUGACGGUGUUGGAACGCGCAGCUCUGGAGUUUGCCCUCUUCCAGGAGGGCAGCAGGAGGUCGGACACGGUGGACAGCCACUUGCUGGACUUGUGCAUCAUGGUUUUCCGGGCCACCUUCACCAGUGGGAACAAGCUGAGCCUGGGCCGGCUGAUGGCCCACAGCAAGCGAGCUGUCAAGAAGUUCGUCAACUGCGACGUGAUGCUGGAGCCGGGCGAAUACGCCGUCGUGUGCUGUGCCUUCAACCACUGGAGCGCUGCCCUGGCCGGCCCUGCUGCCCAGGCUUCAAGUCCCACCAGCAGCCGACCAGCCACUGAUUAUUCCAGCUACAUCCUGGCUAUCUACAGCUCCCGCCUGGUGAUGGUGGAGCAGGUGGAGGCACAACCCACCACGCUGGCAGAUGCCAUCAUCCUGCUGACCGAGAACAAGGGCGAGCGCCACGAGGGCCGUGAGGGGAUGACCUGCUACUACCUGACCCACGGCUGGGCAGGGCUCAUCGUGGUGGUGGAGAACCGGCACCCCAAGUCCUACCUGCACGUGCAGUGCGACUGCACCGACAGCUUCAACGUCGUGUCCACGCGCGGCAGCCUCAAGACACAGGACAGCGUCCCCCCCCUGCACAGGCAGGUGUUGGUGAUCCUGUCCCAGCUGGAGGGUAACGCCGGCUUCUCCAUCACGCACCGCCUGGCGCACCGCAAAGCCACCCAGGCCUUCCUCAAUGACUGGAUGCUGACGAAGGGCACCCACAACCCGCUGCUCACGCCCGAGGUCGCUGGGCUGCAUGGCCCCCGGCCCCUAUGACGAAAGCCUCCCCUUCCCCGCCCUGCUGCCCCGUUCCUGUCACCGAGCCUCUGGCCCGGAGUGCCCCCGAGCCACCAGCGCUGAGCUGUGGGCACAGCUGGAGUGGCAGCCCCAGCACUUUGCCCCACGCCGCGGGGCCGGGGCGAGUUCUCAGGGCCAGCACCAGCCCUGCCUGCUGCCCUGGCACUGCUGCCCCCACGCACUUUACAAGGAGCGGCUGGGGGCAUGGGCCAUCUCAGGAUCCCACCUGCCCCGGUCCUGUGCUGGGCCCGGUGCCCUCUGCCCACCCCGGGGGCUGGGGGAGAGGGAGGGGCUGGAGGUUGCUGUCAAGACCCUUCCCAGGCACCACGCUCAGGACUCUGCCCCUUCCCGUGGCGCCAGGGCACUGGCGCUGCAAAAAGCAGAAUAUACCUCUGAUGUCUGU